AGGGCGGUGCUCAGUGUGUGGGCAGCAGUGGUAGGGAGUAGUGCGUCUGGACAGCUGCUCCUCGUCCCAGCCACGUGCACGCCACACACCAGUACACACAAGCCACAGUGCCGCAAUUCUUUGCGUACGGUCGUGAUUGUUGAGUGCUUGAAAUUCAACUGUGAUCGGCCGACCAGCUGAGUGCACUACUAGCCCGCCUUACUCUCCAAGACUGCUCCGAUAGAGGUGUCCAGGAGACGAGAGCAGGGACUGACUGCUCUUGGGGUCAUCACAGGUUGAAGCAUGAUGUGGCAAGGCCAGGGUGGUGGUGGAUGCUUCACAGUGGGGGCCUGUCUGGGAGUUUUGCUUCUUCAUCUGCUGGGGCAAGCAGAAGGCAACGCCCAGAAGCGCUUCCUGGAAGAAAAACUAAAGGACUAUGACGUCAACACGUGGCCCAACUCUGAGGCAAGCAGUGGGAGGGGCAAGCGUUCCAGCCUGCCAGCAGGAGUACAGUUGCCAGAGACACCCCCGGAGGCGACGACGGUGAAGAUCCAGAUGUUCAUCAACUCCUUCGGCUCCCUCAACGCUGCUAACAUGGACUACAGCAUCGACGUGUUCCUCCGCCAACACUGGAACGACCCCCGUCUUAGCUUCAACCACACCGGCAAGGACAGGUUCACCAUCACCAACCCCGAGAUGCAGAGGCGGAUCUGGAAGCCAGACACGUACUUCAACAACGUGAAGGACGCCGAAAUCCACCAGGUGACCAUGCCCAACAUCCUGCUGAGGCUCUACAGCAACGGCGACAUCCUCUACAGCAUGAGGAUCACGCUAAAGCUCUCCUGCAACCUGCAGCUUGAGCACUUUCCCUUUGACGAGCAGACGUGUGAGACGGCCCUCGCCUCCUAUGCCAACACCGUUGACGUCAUCACCUAUGAAUGGGUCAAGGUGGACCCGAUUCAACUGCCGGAUGAACUGGAGAUCGCCCAGUUUGACCUUCUCAGCCACGAAACAGAGAGCUUCACCCAGCACUUCGUUACAGGUAAUUUCAGCGGACUGAAGGUCCACUUCAGCCUGCGGCGCCAGAAUGGCUACCAUGUCCUGCAGACCUACGUGCCCACCAUCCUUAUCGUGUCCAUCUCUUGGGUGUCCUUCUGGCUGGACCCCAACGCCGUGCCCGGCCGGGUGUCUCUGGGCGUGACCACGCUCCUUACUCUCACUACCCUGGCCUCGGGCAUCCGGGCUCAGCUCCCUCCCGUCUCCUAUGUCAAGGCCAUAGACGUAUGGAUCGGCAUGUGCAUGAUCAUGGUGUUCGGCGCCCUGCUCGAGUUCACCCUCGUCAACUGGCUGGCCAACAAGAAAAUCGUCAACCCGGCCUCCAAAAUCUUCAAGAUCCCUAAGGCUCUGGCCGGCUCCGACGCUCAAGAGGUGGGAUGUCACGAUGUUCUUGAUGAGAAGGAGCCUGGGCAAGAAAAACAAGUGGCAGAGGACGUCGAGGACCCCGCCGCCAAGGCGCCCAAGACCUACAUGAACCACGCCCGAGCGUUUGAUCGUCUGUGUCGAGCUCUCUUUCCCAUAACCUUCUUCGUCUUCAACCUCAUCUAUUGGCCCUACUACCUCACCGAGCAACACAAGGCUCUCCAGGUGCCCGACUAGAUCUCUCAUCAAGUUAUGGCGCUGACUUUUGGCAUCUACUUGUGUCAUUUGGUAUCUACUCAUGGCGGUGACUUUGGUAGAAACUUAAUCGCGCUGAUUUUAGUAUCAAUUUAUGGUGCUGAUUUUGGUAUCAAAAUAUGGUGCUUAAUUUAGAAUCAACUCGUGGUGCUGACCUCAUUAUAAACGUGCUGAUUUUGGUAACAUCUAACGAAGUUUAGCAUGAAGAGUCUUUACCUUUUUUUUAAUACAAGGCUCCAGAGGGAAGGUAGAACAACGAAGCUUUGAGUGUAUAAGAAGCCUACUUGCGUAGGUGCGUAUGUAUGUACAUUACUAUUCUGACCACUACAAAAAUGGUCUAGCAAUCCGUUUUCUCGUCCACAUUUGGUAGGGCUCUCUGCAUUUAUAGUCCUCAGUUUAUUGAUAGCGAAUUUAAUAGAUUAGUUUGGGGCCAAUCUCUACUGUCUAAAAAUAUAAUUGAUAUUAUUUUAAAACAAGCCAAAAUAACAAUUUAUAAUCCACGCACAAGGAAGGUAUUUAUACAAAAAUAUACUGCACCUUUUGUUUACAGAAAGCAUAACAAAGUAGUCUUAUAACUCAAAACUGUUUAAUGUUAAUGUUGUAUUUACGAAUUUGAAUACCGUUAAAAAUUUCAGUUUCUAACAGCAGUUAUGUUUAUGAAAUCCCUUGUAAAAGUUGUGAAAAGUGCACAUUGAAGAAACUGGUUAGAAUUUGAACAAAAUUAAGAAAAUAUCUCUAAUGGUUGGAUAGUGGAUUGUUUGUGCACAUGAGACUACAAUCAUCCAGUUGAUUGGAAUAACACUAAAAAAUGGUCUCUUGCAGAUCACUCAUAGACAGAAAUAUGGUGGAAAAGAUUUUAAUAAAAUGUAUUGAUAAUAUUUCAAGUUUAGACUUGGAUUAGAUAAGUUGAACCCAUUUAUUGUUUACAAACGUGCAGGGAAAAUGUAAAAAGAUUAUUUUAUUUGUUUUGCUUCGGAUCUCCCUUUUGAUUGGCCUUCACCGUUGCUUGCAAAUAUUGUAGAUUCAUUAUAAAUGUAUUAUUCCUCUCCACUGGGAUCAAAUAUCAUCGAUGGAAUUCGCCACAGCCUAAGGACAAUUUAUCCGUGCUCAGGUUUGUUGUGAAAGCUCACCCAUAUUGACCUACUGAUCUGUCAUGUCAAUCAUGAAGAAAUUAACACGUAAUGAAAAAUGUGACAAAAGAAGUUAAGCAUGUCAUUAACUAAACAGCUAAUAUUAACCAUCCAUUGCAUAAUAUUUUAUCUAAAUUUGUGUGUGUGUUAGGUGAAAUGUUUUGUCUUAGUUCUUGUCUUGUCCCUCUUCAGGACUGAAGACCUAAAUGCCAAGCUAAGAUGUCUCGUCUCUGCCUGCAUCUUGUUUGAUCUUCACGUGGUGUUGGUAACACUGGAGACUGUGCAACUACAGUGCUGCCAGUCAUGUGGACCGUGUAAACAUUGAGAUUACCAAUACGUACCAUGCACACACAGAGUCAGUCACUGUCAUCAUGUGUACAUGUUGAUAAUACCGAUGCACAUCAUGCACUGUUUGCACACGUACCAACCAAAUGCCCUAAUGCAAUGUAUUUUCCAUGAUUGAUCUGUUUAUUUGUUGAUCUACUCUGAGUGUUGAUGUUGAACUCCACUAGAGAUUUUUUUACUGAGUGUUGAUGUUGGGUUCCACUAGAGGUCUCUCUCUUUAACCCACAAACUCUUGGCCAUAGCUCUAUGCAGCAUCCCCCUCUCACCUCUGCAUGUUAUUAUGAAACUCUUUUCUCUUGCUGCUUGAAGAAAGGUUGCAAGGAGGCCCUCUUCUGAUGCGGGAAGUCUUAUUGCUUUCUUUUAUAACAUGUAAAGCUUCAGAGCACUUCAGGUUAAGUGUGUUCCUAUUCAACGAGUCUACACCAGGAAUUAUUACGGUAAAGUUGUCAAUUUUCAGUGCAUUUAAGGAUGUCAGAGAAUAAUAUGUAUCUUUGACUUGAUUAGUUAUCAUUUUUUCAGACACUAUUUAAAACGUGGGUUUUCAUUAUGAUAAGCAUGACAAACUGUAUGAGGGAUUAUAACAAAUGUAGAAUAAAACCUGUAAUAGAGAUAUAUUGGUUGAAUAUUCUUUUGCUCACGCUACUUUACCUAUUAAGUGGUGUUUAUAAAUAUUGUAUUAAUAAAUAUUGAUGUAAUAUUACAAUUUUGUAUGUUUUAUUAUUAAAAUAGGUACUGUAUUGCAAGUACUUUCGUAAGUAUUAGAGCAAGUUUGGUACAGCUUUUUUAAUGGUAAGUAGGCCUAUGUCUUAAACAACAUUUACUGCUAAGUAGGCUUAUAUAUCUUAACCCACAUUUAUGACUAAGUAGCUCUAUAUUUCUAUGAAACAACAUAUACUGCUAAGUAGGCCCUAUGAGAUAUCGUUCUUAAAACAACAUUUAUAUAACUGAACAUCCUUCAAGUUUCUUGUAGCUUGAAGACUAUUUUGAUUUUGUAGAAUAGUUUUAAAGUAGAGUUUAAGACGUCAUCAAGACUCAGGAAAUCAAAUAUAAAUUACCCAAUAUUCAAAGGAAUCCGUGUGUGAAAAGUGUUAUAGCACAAGGGAAGUUUGCUUGUAAUGCUUAACACGGUCGGUAAAAACUCAAGCUGUGGCAUUUGUUAGUAUAGUUAUGCUGUUAUAGCUUGGCUGGAGGAAGGAACAUAAUGUCAUUCUCGUUUUGUUUAUCAGACCAAACAAACCCCUAGGCCACCGUGCCGUAUAAACUCCAGGAGUAAUAAGGUUAAGUGUAAACAAGGGUGUGUUUGCUAACUAUGUUUUCUACUCUUUUUUUUUUUAUCAAGUUUUGACGGUGUUAAUGCACCAUCUUCAUCUUGCCCAUAGUGUUGGUGUAUUUUAACAUGGCAUUCUGAGUAUUUCAACAUUACGUACUGGAUAUUUUAACAUUUAUAAGCUGGAUUUUUUAACAUUUGCAGGCUUUGUAUUUUAACACUGCAAGCUGGGUAUUUUAACAUUGCAUGCUAGGUAUUUUAACAUUGCAAGCUGUGUAUUUUAACAUUUACAAGCUUUGUAUUUUAACAUUGCAAGCUGGGUAUUUUAACAAUUGCAAGCUCGGCAUUUGAACAGUUGGAAAGGUGAGUAUUUAAACAAUGCAGCUGGGUAUCUAUACAUUGCAAACUGGAUAUAUACAUUGUAAGCUUGGUAUUUUAAUAUUGCAAGCUGGGUAUUUUAACAUGGCAAGCUGGGCAUUUUAACAUGGCAAGCUGGCAAUCUUAAUUUUACAAGCUGCGUAUUUCAAUGUUGCAAGCAGGAAAUUCUUAUAUGCACUGCCCUUAAUCUUAAGCAACAUUUCCCUUAAUACUGAGAUUGUAACUAAGUUAUGGGAGGUGUUUCUGUGAUGUGUGACCUUAUAGUUAACAUUAUCAAUACAACAUAUAUGUGAGGUUUUUAUUAUAAAUAUCAGACAUCAAUAUUAGAGUUGUGUUGCUAGUGUUUUGGAGUUUGGACCUGUGUCGUAUUAACCCUGGUAUUAUCCUGGGUAUUAACCCUGGUAUUAUCCUGGGUAUUAACCCUGGUAUUAUCCUGGGUAUUAACCCUGAUAUUAAUUCUUUAAUCCAAAUAUUAACUCUAUAGCAUUAACAUGGAUAUUAACCCCUUAUAUUAACACUAGUAUUAACCAGGUUAUUAUAUAUAUUCUUACUUGUUUCUUUAGCAUUGAAACUUAAACUAUCUUAAGUUACAGAACGUACAAAUUAAAUAAUUAUCUUACCUCAAAUACAACCUGCUACUGUGAAGUUCCUGUAAGAUAUGUAAGAUAUAUUACCUCUCACGUCAAUCAUUAAUGACUGCAGUUAUUAUAAAUCAUUUUGUUUUUGAUAGAACCAAGUUAAUGUAUAAUUCCUCAUUACUGUAAGUACUUAAGAGGUUGUGAUAUCCAUGAAGCCUAGUCAGUUCCUUGCGUAGCCCAAGACAGUAGAUGUAUAUGUGAAUGCUGGUGAUAAUGAAGAAUAUGUGUAGCAUAGCACAUAGUAAAGUAUAUUUUGUCUUCAUUAACAUGAACACAUUCUACUCGCCUUCAAUCUUCUAAGCAAAUAUUAUACAAUAUUCAAUUCAUUUAAGCUUCAUAGUUCAGGUGUUUCACCCAACUGAAGAUGUACACCUUGUGUGAGAUUGUUCUAUUAAAUUUGUAUAUAAU